AACCUUAUAAAAGCAUUGUCCGGUACUUUUACGCUAGUCUCGGGUCGGCUCCUCGUCUCCGCAAAGAAAAGCUCGUCGUUGUAAAACUUUAGCAUCAACUAUGAGGGAAAUCGUGCACAUCCAAGCCGGCCAGUGCGGUAACCAGAUUGGUGCCAAGUUCUGGGAAGUGAUCAGCGAUGAGCACGGCAUCGACCCCACAGGGUCUUACCACGGAGACAGUGACCUGCAGCUGGACAGGAUCAGUGUCUACUACAAUGAAGCCAGUGGAAAUAAAUAUGUACCCCGAGCCAUUCUGGUGGACUUGGAGCCUGGCACCAUGGACUCUGUGAGGUCUGGACCCUUUGGGCAGAUCUUCAGACCUGACAAUUUUGUGUUCGGUCAGAGCGGUGCUGGAAACAACUGGGCCAAGGGUCACUACACAGAAGGAGCUGAGUUGGUGGACUCGGUCAUGGAUGUGGUCCGCAAAGAGUCAGAGAGCUGUGACUGCCUGCAGGGCUUCCAGCUCACCCACUCUCUUGGUGGUGGAACUGGAUCCGGUAUGGGAACCCUGCUCAUCAGCAAGAUCCGUGAGGAGUACCCCGACCGUAUCAUGAACACCUUCAGUGUAGUGCCCUCCCCCAAGGUGUCAGACACAGUGGUUGAGCCUUACAAUGCCACCCUCUCAGUCCACCAGCUUGUAGAGAACACAGAUGAAACCUUCUGCAUUGACAAUGAAGCCCUGUAUGACAUCUGCUUCCGCACUCUGAAACUGACCACACCCACCUACGGAGACCUUAACCACCUGGUGUCCGCCACCAUGAGCGGGGUCACCACCUGCCUUCGCUUCCCCGGUCAGCUCAAUGCUGAUCUGCGCAAACUGGCCGUCAACAUGGUGCCUUUCCCUCGUCUGCACUUCUUCAUGCCUGGCUUCGCCCCCCUGACCGCCAGAGGAAGCCAGCAGUACAGAGCCCUCACAGUUCCCGAGCUCACCCAACAGGUGUUCGAUGCCAAGAAUAUGAUGGCUGCAUGUGACCCGCGUCACGGCCGCUAUCUGACCGUCGCCGCCGUGUUCCGUGGGCGCAUGUCCAUGAAGGAAGUCGACGAGCAGAUGCUCAACAUCCAGAACAAGAACAGCAGUUACUUCGUCGAAUGGAUCCCCAACAAUGUGAAGACCGCCGUCUGUGACAUUCCACCCCGUGGCCUCAAGAUGGCCGUCACUUUCAUUGGCAACAGCACAGCCAUCCAGGAGCUGUUCAAGCGCAUCUCAGAGCAGUUCACAGCCAUGUUCCGCCGUAAGGCCUUCUUGCAUUGGUACACAGGUGAGGGUAUGGAUGAGAUGGAGUUCACUGAGGCCGAGAGCAACAUGAAUGAUCUGGUGUCUGAGUAUCAGCAGUACCAGGAUGCCACUGCCGAAGAAGAGGGUGAAUUUGAGGAGGAGGCUGAUGAUGAUGCUUGAAGAAGGUCAAGACAUCAAUGCCAAAAUGAAAAUGAAAAAAAGAACAACGACAAAAGUAACCAACGAACAAACUAGAUUCAAACAUUGCUAGAAUUAAACUUAGCAUACGUUAGAUAUCCUUUGUGAUUCAAUGCAAAUAAAGUUGUCAAACGAAA